UACAUGCGUAAAAGAAAAGAUUAACCAAAAAAAAAUUAUAUUAUUAAAACUAAAUUGAAUUUACAUCAAUGAGUAUCACCACUUCAAAAUUCUCCCACCUUACUUUAAACCAAUUGCUCAACAAUGCCAAAACCGUUGCUCAUCUUAAACAAACCCAUGCACUCUUUCUCAAACUCCUCACUCCAAAACCAUCCCAUCACCUUUUUGAUCGUCUGCUACUUCGGGUUCUUCACUUCAGUGCUGAAAAAUCCAAUCUUUACUAUGCCCACAAACUGUUUGAUACAAUGCCAAACUGCUCCAAUUGCUUUCUAUGGACUUCUCUCAUUCGUGCAUUCCUUUCCCAUCACACCCAUUUUCGUCAUUCUAUUUCCACCUACUCAAGAAUGCAUCAAAAUGGGAUUAUUCCGUCUGAGUUCACGUUCUCAUCAGUCCUCAACGCGUGCGGGCGUGUCCCUGCUUUGGUUGAAGGGAAACAAGUGCAUGCAAGAGUGAUGCAUUCAGGGUUUAUUGGUAACAAGAUUGUGCAAACAGUACUUCUUGAUAUGUAUGCGAAAUGUGGGUGGGUGUGUGAUGCACGUAAUGUGUUUGAUGGAAUGGUUGAGAGAGAUGUUGUUGCUUGGACGGCUAUGAUUUGCGGGUAUGCUAAGGUGGGGAAGAUGGUUGAUGCAAGGUUGUUGUUUGAUAAAAUGGGGGAAAGGAAUUCUUUUACUUGGACUACUAUGGUUGCUGGGUAUACAAACUGUGGAGACAUGAAGGCUGCCAAGGAAUUGUAUGAUGUCAUGAGUGGCAAGGACGUGAUAACACAGGUUGCAAUGAUAGCUGGGUAUGGGAAAUUAGGAAAUGUGAGCGAAGCCAAAAGAAUAUUUGAUGGGAUAUCAGUGCCACGGGAUCCAUCAAUCUGCGCAGCGAUGCUGGCUUGUUAUGCCCAAAAUGCAUAUACAAAGGACGCUAUUGAGAUGUAUGAGAAAUUGAGACAAGCAAAGAUUAAAAUUACUGAGGUGGCAAUGGUGGGUGCUAUAUCAGCUUGUGCUCAACUCAGGGACAUUAGAAUGUCUAGCUCAUUGACGUACCAUAUCGAGGAGGGUUUCUGUGAAAGGACACAUAUUGUUUCCAAUGCAUUGAUCCACAUGCACUCAAAGUGUGGAAAUAUAGACUUAGCAUGGAGGGAGUUUAGCAUGAUGAUCUACAGAGAUUUGUAUACUUACAGCGCAAUGAUUGCAGCUUUUGCGGAGCACGGGAAAUCACAGGAUGCUAUAAAUCUUUUCUUAAAGAUGCAGCAGGAAGGUUUAAAGCCAAACCAAGUUACAUUUGUUGGGGUCCUCAAUGCAUGUAGCGCUUCAGGUCUAAUUGAAGAAGGUUGUCGAUUUUUCCAGAUUAUGACUGAGGUUUAUGGUAUUGAGCCCUUACCUCAGCACUAUACUUGCAUGGUUGAUCUUCUUGGUAGGGCUGGCCAAUUGGAAAAAGCAUACAGUCUCAUAAAGGAGAAUUCGGCUUGUGCUGAUGCAACAACUUGGGGUUCUUUAUUAGCAGCUUGCCGAGUUUAUGGAAAUAUGAAAUUGGGUGAGACUGCUGCCAGACAUCUCUUUGAGAUUGACCCUACUGAUUCUGGAAAUUAUGUUCUUUUAGCAAACACUUAUGCAGCAAAUGAUAAAUGGGAGCGUGCAGAAGAAGUUAAGAAGUUGAUAAGUAAAAAAGGAAUGAAAAAACCUUCAGGGUAUAGUUGGAUACAGAGAGAGAUCAAAGGCCAGUAUCAAGAAGAAGCACAUUGCUUGUUAGUUUCAUCCAGUUAGACAUAUUCUUUUAUGUUUUCCCGAUUACUUUCUGUCUUGAGUCUAUGAAGCACGGACGCCGGAAACACGACACCAACAUUGACAAGUCGACACUGGUUAUAAUUUGAAAAAAUGAAUAAAUUAAUCCUAAUCACAAGUGUCGGUGUCGGACACAGACACUGACACGGACUCACCUUUUUUCAGAGAUGAUGGUGCUACAGAAAAGCACUGCAUGUCAUAUGUUGUUGCCUACUUGCUUGUAUGUUCGAAGAUUUUCCCUAAUUGUGGGACGAGCUUUAUAUUCUGGACCAUCAUAUCAUGAAGCCAUUAAGAAAGGUUUGCCAAUCAAUCUGAUGGUACGAACCAGCUCCAUGCUUCUGUUUUGGAAAUGUAUUGUGCCCGAGAAGCAGAAAAUACAUAUUCUAUUGUGCAGAAUUGAUAUAAUGAAGAUGAGGAUGGGAACGAGGAGAUGUAGAGUUUCCCAUACGAAGAGCCUCUCUGCUGGGGCCUGGGGUAUACCUUAAGAUAUACCAGACACAAGUGAAUACAUUAUCCUUGAUUACUUGAAACAAUCCUUGCAUGUGGAAGACUGCUUUGAACACAAAUUUGAAGUUCCUUGGUAUGAGUUUCCCAUCCCACGUAAAUGACGGCCAUUGUAAGUAAUAAUACGGUAUGUGAUUGGCGUGGUCCUAUCCUUCUUAUCAGCGGCGUGGCACUGACCGGUGUUAUGAUUGGACUGCAAUUGACUUUAUUUGGAUACAUUCAUUCUUAACAAGAGAAUAUGUCUUGUAGUUCAAGAGUGGAACCUGGACCCUCUACUUCAUCAAGCAUUUGGAAGAAAAAUUUUCAUGUAAAAUUGAUUCCUCGCAAGGUGAUAUAGUGGCUUGGUUAAAAAAACUUUGCACCACACUACACCGUUGGAGAGCAUCCAGAUCUUCUUAAGGGUUUGCAUUGUGUCAGGAAAAUGUCAAGAAAUCCCGCACGACUUAGACAGGGUACGGAGACCUAGACGCAUCGGCUCGACGCGAGCGGGCCUCACAAUUGAUAUCGACACGGGUACGAGGCCCAGUACCCGUCCAAACGGAUGAGGCGCCUGCUGGUUCCUCAUCUGGAUCUAGGAGUCGGCUGGCUCGGGCGUCUUCCUCUCGUGAGGUGACACGUGAGGAAGAGGAGAUCGAGGAGGAGGUGAGACACGAGGAGGAGGAGAUACCUGAUGCUGACCCUCUGGGCGGGGAGGAGGAGGAGGGCUAUCCGGAAAGGCCUAUGGACACUUCCGUGCUGAUUUACUACUACGACUACGUCAUUCGACGUGUCUGGGCGGGAAAGGAAAGGACGACGAUAAAAUCCGUUAACCAUGCGCGGAAGAUUUUUGAUCUGUUUAAACCAGAGGUCCUAUGGUUUAUUGAUGUUGUAGCUGGUUCCGGGCUUGGCGGGUUGUACAUGACCGGUUAUUCCACUAUUAGCCACGACAUGCAGGGGGAUUUCGUGGAGCGCUGGCACAAAGAGACGUCUUCUUUCCACUUUUCUGUUGGAGAGUUGACGAUCACCUUGCACGAUGUUCAGUGUCUACUCCACCUGCCGAUCAGAGGGAGGCUGCUGCACCAUUCCCAGAUACAGAGGGUCGAGGCGAUUGAGUGGAUGGUCAACUAUCUGUGUAUGGACCCAAACAUGGCUGGUUAUGAGUGUCGGAUGACGAGUGGGGCUCAUAUCCGUUUCUUCAGUUUGAGAGACCUGUAUGAGAACCACUUGGUGGCGGCGGCAGAGUCCGAGCAGGAGGGUGACAAGAUUUUUACAGAGUAUUAUCGUGUUUGCGCUCUGCGGUGCUGGUUCAUGUUCUUGGUAGGCACUGCACUCUUCGUGGACAAAAGUGCAACCUACGUCGACAAGACAUAUCUCCACUACUUUAUGGGCCUGACUACCAUUGACCAGUGAAACUCGGGGGCAGCUAUUCUGGUAUACCUAUACCAGAAGGUGAAUGAAGCCUCUAACUGGAGGACCAAGCAGUUGACUGGAUCUUGUACACUCAUGACGGGUUGGAUCAUCUCGUACUUCUCCCGCAUCCACGGCUUCCCAUUGAUCCUGCGUACACUGACGCUUUACCCAGGGCCGCCCGAUACGUUCUCCAAAGAGAGAAUAAUGCAGUGGACCCAUAUCGCGGGUACCUCAACCACACUACUCACGAUGACAUACGUUGGACGCCAUUCACCGACUACCGUGUUGUUGUCCCAUUCGACCGCAUCGCGUUAUACUCUGGAUGGUUGGCAUGCGGGGCCAACACCAUGGUGAGGUAUCUGCCGGAGCGGUGCAUGAGGCAGUUUGGACGUGUGCAGAUGAUAUCGAGGUCACCGUAUGAGGCUGCUCCCGACACAGUUACUCGAGUGGAGCUCACUGCUAUAUUUGAGGAGUGGGCGCAUCAUUUGGUCCCGGAGGAGUAUCGGCGUAAGGAGGCCACCAGGAGUGGCACUGUGUAGAGGGGUACGUGACAUGGUUCUAUCGCGUGUCACAUCCUCUAAUGACACCCGACGCUCGCGGAGCUCCUAGGCCAACACACAAGGAGAUCUUGGAGAACCAGCAGGCCUAGGAUGACCAUGCCACUGAUCUCCUACUGAUAUGCCAGCGGAUAGAGAUGCUUGGGCAGGACGCAUUGGACCGAGGUAUCAUUGAGCACGGCGGUCCAGAGACAAUUGCCAUCUUGGAGAGGAUGGUCGGUGACGCGGCCGGUGCGGUGGCAUAUACGAGGCAGAGGAGGUCCCAGGGAGUUAGGGUUAGACAUACUCGAUAGCAGUUGCCUAUUUAUUUUCUAUUUUUGACUUUUUGGUAUU